AUGGGUUCAUGGCCACUCGAUCAUGAUGUGGUUCUCUUUGCUUGGCUCGACUUUUGCAAUAAACACAAAAUAGAUUAUUUGGCAACAAUCGAACGACAAUUGGAAGAAAGGACUGAGAUUUCUCGUUCAAGAUCCGCUGUAUGUAGCCACCUCCGCUACACUGAGUGGAGAUGCCGCAAGCCAAAUGAAAAGCGCAGAAUCCAGCAUGAUGAGCUCGUGCCGCAUAUUGGAAUUAUUGAGGCUGGAUCUCAAGGUUUGCGGUACCCUCCGAAAGAAAUGACCCCGAAAAUCAGAAAGACUUUACGCGAAUAUGAAAAAGAGUACAGCCCAGAAAGAAUCCAAAGGUUGAUGAGGGUCACAUCCGAGAAUAAGCCGAGCCAACCAAAAAACACUAAGUCUAUUCCAUCUCAAAAGCAGCGAAGAAAGCUUGAACUUCAAAGGCCUCAGCUUACGUCUACACAAAAAAGUGCGACGAUUCAACCGCUGAACGGCAGGUUGCCCACCAAAACAAAACUAUCAAACGUUCAACCAGAAAUCUCUCAUCUUUCCAAAACCCCCUCCGUUGAUGGAGAGCGUGACGACAAAGUUAUAGAACCAACUCAAAAACGUAUUGACAAAGUUAUAUCAAAAAGUCAAGAAAGCUACAAGGAACGCUUGAAGGAGAAGGAAGCAGAAAUAGUUGCUAUCCGCAAAUACUGGGAUUGCGACCUUCGGGAACUCCACGAGAGAAUUGAAAAGCUUCAACAAGCAAAUCUAGGACUAGAAGCCAAGGAUUCGAGUCUGGAAUCAGCUGUUAUCGAUGUCAGUAAUGCAGAAAGAAAUCCAUUGGCAGAUAUGAUUGGCCAAAAGAACAGAGAAACUUGGAAAUUGACUGAUAUGAUUCACCGACAGUUUGAGGUAUCAAGUAUCAAAGAGGCACAAGUAAAGUACCUCCCACGUCAACAAGUUGUUAAUGCCAUGAACGAAAUUCGUCUGGAGUUAGAGACAAUGACUCAAAUGCAAGACUUCUCAAGUAGACUGAGUUCAAAAGAAUGGUUCGGCGGAGACUUUGACCACUUGGUAAAUUCUGCUUUCGCUUCUCCCGAAGGAUCGAUCGGCGGCAGGCUUCGAUUAAAGAGGCUGGCCUUAAGAACUGGUUCAUUUGCAGCACUCAGCAUCUUGACCAUAACUGCAUUGAGAGAUUGGGUUUUCCUAACAGAUUUUCCGCGGGUAGAGUUAGGAUCUUUGAGUCUGAUUGAAGCAUAUCGCAGCAUUGCUUUUAAUCAAGGCGGAUGGGAUGAACUGCGAUGUUACGAUUUCGGGGCGCAGCUUUCAUGUCGGUUGUCAAGGACAUUAAGUCUUAUUUUCGGCAAAAGUCUUGAAGAGGUGGUAGAGAAUUCCUCCCUCCACACGUGGGGUGAAGACUUUGAAUCCUGGAAAGAGAGACAGUACCACUUUGAAAAGCUUUUUCGGAUUGCCUUGGAGUUGAAGAGUGACUCUAUAAUCACGGAUGAUACCUAUACCUUCGAAUUUCUUCUGAAUGAGGCACACGCCAACAAGCCAAUUGGUGAAUCGGAAGCUCCUGAAGGUUUUUGGCUGCGAUUUUCUAUUGGCGCAUACAAAUCAAAACCAUUGGUGACCCAGGAUAAAAGGGUUGGUGCACUCGUCCAAACACGGAAUUUUUUAUCCUCUGUAACUGACGGCUGGAUUUGCAAUUAUCGGAAGGACCUAUAUCUCAGUAUUAAUCGAGAACAUGAUCCCGAAAUUAUGUUAUCGCAUAGCAGAGUUUCAAGUAGACUCGCUGGGAGAUCUCGGACUGAUCGUCAAAACCUAGAGCAGGAGGACUUUCAACCAGAAGAGCCUGGUACCUUGGAGAUGGCUUACAACAAUAGUAUUACAAUUGACAAGAUAUCAGAACCUAUGAGAAAUAUCCCACAGCUUCCUCUACAACUCUCUGGUAUACCAUCGGAGCAUAUGUGCAAAAUAUGCAAGAUGAACUUUGGAAAUAAUCAAGGUUUGAGUGCGCACCAGAGAAAUGGGACUUGUAGGCGAUGCAAAGUAUGCCGAACGGUUUGGCCUACGAUAGCUGCUUUGAAAGAACACGCCACAAUUCCUGCUUCAAAACGGGAAACUAAAUCGAACAUGGCCAUUGAAGAAGGUAUAUGUGAGAAGGAUGGUAUCGAGGGGAAUGAUGCCGAGGAUGAUGAUGUCGGGGAUGAUGUCGGGAAUGAUGUCGAGGAGGAUGAUGCUGAGGAUAAUGAUAUUGAGAGGAACGAUAUUGAUUGGUCCUCCGCAAAAGCCUUGGGGAUUGUGAGCAAUGGACAGGCAGAUCAUCCUCACACCACAAAAUCUCGAACAUAUUCAAUUAGUGAGAUACCCAACAGCGUCGAUUUCGAGCAAGAACAAGGAGAAGAACCAGGAUCGGCAGGAUCAGUCCCGUGUCUCUUUUCUACGAUUGAAACGGACAAUAUCAACCUUUUACCUAAAGAAAAUAGGACCGGGAGCGAGAAAAUUGACUACGCUUCAGAAGAAACAGAAGGCGAGGCACUCAAAACAUCAGAAAGUAAACACGCGUGGGAGAAAAUUGAGCAUGGUGAGGGGGAUAUGGUUGGGUUUGAAGAUUCUCGACAUCGAUCUAAUUCGCAGACAAUCAUAGAAUUUGACGGUCCAAUCGAAUUAGAUUCAGACACUUUUGACACCAAAGGAGACGCGGCUCUUGAUUUAUGUGAGCAGAAAACUAAAGCCGAAUCCGAAAGUUCAAGUACUACUAAUUCUUCCAUGAGCGAUCUAAAUCUGGAAACUUUGGAGACUCAAUCUCCGGAUCACUGGAUCAUUAUCGAGGGUUACGACACCUCAAACAUUUUAUUCGAAAGCCCCAGACUGAUACCUGAAAGACGCGCAAGUCAAUUGUUCUUGGUAACUACUGAGAACGAAGAGGCCGUGGAUGAAGAUGCGGAUGGAUACAGGAGUCCUGUAAUGAAUACUCCUGAACAUGUUAUUGCGGAAGAACCCAAAAGUAUCAAUGCCGCUGAUAUUGGAGUUGACCAUGAUGACGACGACCAAACAGAAGAAAACGAGAACUAUGAAAGUCAUGAUGUUGAUGACGAAGAGGGUGUAAAUUUGGACAAUAACGAUGGCAGAGAAGCCACAGAUGAUGGCUUCGUUGGGGACAAAAUAGACGAAACCGAAAUCACUAACGGUACGGGAACAGCUGAAGCAAUGAGCGGAAUCAUCAGACACCAUCAGGGAAAUGUGUGA